AUGCUGAUUACUCUAGAAUGCGUUAUACUUGCGUUACAGGCGGUUGCUGCAGUUCGACUUGUAUUAGAAUCACCAAUUGGAAUUGACAGUCAGUCAAACAACAGGCUAUCAAAACGAUCACCCGUUGAAUUGCGUCAUGAUGCUGAUCAAUGUUUCACAAUUAAAGUCAAUGUUGAUGGAGUUGAUUUGGGUUUACAAGUCGAUUCAUCAUUUUCCGAUAUAGUUGUACCACUUUCUAGUUCAAGCAACGAUGUAGGUUUGACUCCGCAAUACACUCCAAGUGGGCAACCCGUUACUAUAAAUUACAAAGGCAAAGAGUAUAGAGGAAUUAGUUCCGACGCAGCUGUGACGAUUCCGGGUACUGGGAUAACUGACAUUGAUUUACCUGUACUAGCAAUCCAAAAACAAUCGCCAGAUCUAGUUGGCAUUGGUGGAAAACUCAAGCAAGGAGUAUUUGGGUUUGCCUAUUUCUCGUUGUCAAAGCAUCAUCCACCAACCACUGCAAUGGAUAUUUUGUACAAUUAUGGUGUUAUUCCUAAUAACGAGAUUGGCAUUCAACUAUGUCCGUAUGAAAUGACUUCAAAAAGUUUCAUCAAUAUAGGAAAUACGGACGUAGCUGAAAAAUGUGGAACGGAUGGAAGGAGUAUUGCAUGGGUAAAUUCACCGACAAACGAUUAUUUUACUGUCAACAUCAAGAGUGUACUAAUCAAUGACAAACAAGUGGAUCUACCCGAGGAAUUUCAGCAAGUUGUGGAAAAUGGACGUGCUUUGUAUUCAUAUCUACAUACAUGCUUUAUGUAUAUGCGUUUUCCUCAAGCAGUCGUGGAUGUGCUGAUCAAUGAUAUCCUUAAUAGUGGUGCGAUCACUAUCAAGAAUACUAUGAUUAGUAGCAAGCUCGGCAAAAUAAUAAUUAAAAAAAAGCUACAGAACAACCAUCUAAUGACUAAAUCCAAGUAUAAUAUCGAUUGGGUCAAGCUGCCGACAAUUACAAUUACAGUGUUUGCUCAAACUCCUGUAACUGAUGACAACCACGAUUCCGUUGUAACGAUCAAACUGGGUCCCAAAGACUAUUUACGAAGCUAUAAUUCUAAAGAUU